AUGUCCAGUCACCACCGGUGCUGUGGAGACCAGCAGUUUGACCAGCGAAGCCACUGCUGCUGCUUCGAUUCUGAACCACUAUCCCCAGAGCCUCUCAAUGCAAGCUGCUGUACAUCACCAGGGUCUAAUCACAUGGGAAUUGCUCAGACUUCUCCAAAAUGUAUGUCUGGGAAACAUCCCUGCGGCCUAGGUGCCUGCUUCAACCCAACAACAGAACGUUGCUGUGUGAACCCUACAUCUCUCCAGAGUCAAAGUUACUCCCACGAGGGAACACUCCGCCAACUCCCAUAUCUCUACAAUGGUGCUAGCUGUGGCUCUCAGGUUUACAAUCCAGACAGUAAAAUCUGCUGUGCCGGGAAGCUGUCCAAUAGGGUGCUUGGGAAAAACCUGUGCUGCGGUACAACUCCGUAUGGUGUAGAGGACCGAGGGGUGCUGUGCUGUAACCGGACCUUGCACCGUGUGGUGGAGGAUGGGUACCAGUGCUCCCCAGGUGGCCACUUGUAUCGGCCAUCCCGUGACAUGGUGUGUGGCUCACGCGUUCAUCUCAACGAUCCAGGCAAACACUGCUGUGGAGAGGAGACAUACGACCCUCAGUAUGACAUCUGCUGCAACGGACACAAGUGGGGGGGGAACAAGUCCUGCUGCGGAGGGAAGGCCUAUGACUACAACAGUGACCAGAUGAAGUGCUGUGCAGAGACUCUGUACAACCUGCAGGUUCAGGACAGACUCUCAGAGGAGGCCCAGUGCUGUGGGAGUGUUCUGAUGGAGGCUGGCUCCACCCAGACCUGCUGCUCUGCCCCAGGGCUAGACCUGCUCUAUCCUACCCAGCCAGGGUUCACCUGCUGUGGGCACCGCUAUCCCAAUGCCUCCCUGUGGUCUUGCUGCGCCGGGGUCCUGCAUCCAAGGCCUGAACCACACAACACCACCAAGAACGUGAUUCCAGGACCCAGGCUUCUACCACUGGGCGAUUUGAAGACUGAAGUCCUGUGUCACAGCAGAGUUCUGCUAGGGACAGUGGAGAGUGUGUCUGUGAAGAUGAAUGAGCGGUCCAUCGUGAUGGUGAACGCCAUGUACAUGCUGGCCUCACGUGGCCAUGUCAACGCCCUGCCUUCCCCUCACUACCUCACAUUACCCGACCACUGCAGCUCCCCUGAACUGGUGCCGGGCAACACUUACAUCUGGGUGAAAAUGCCUUUCUCAGACACCAUAAGGUUCAUCUCUGAUCUCAGCGAUCAUUCCUCCCCUGUUCAUUCCAUCCUCUCCAGGUGCUCAAAAUUAGACUUUUAACCAUGUUUUGAGGCAAUUACAUUGCUUACAAACAAUGGCUUUAA